UCUCGUCUGUAGAUGGCAGCAUCUUAUGAGCAGCCAUGAUUACGCAGCGCAGCACCGGAAGUAGAAGAAGUAACACAGGAAGUGGUACAAUCGUAUCGUUUAAGGGCCAAGACAGCAAGUGAGACACUAAAAGUCAAACCGAGAGACUGUCACAAUGCUUCCACUGUCUCUGCUGAAGACUGCCCAGAACCAUCCCAUGUUGGUGGAGCUGAAGAAUGGAGAGACGUACAACGGCCACUUGGUCAGCUGUGACAACUGGAUGAACAUCAACCUGAGAGAAGUCAUCUGCACCUCCAGGGAUGGAGAUAAGUUCUGGAGGAUGCCUGAGUGCUACAUCAGAGGAAGCACCAUCAAAUAUCUGCGAAUCCCAGACGAGAUCAUCGACAUGGUGAAGGAGGAGGUGGUCUCGAAGGGCCGCGGACGUGGGGGCACCCAGCAGAACAAACAGCAGGGCAAAGGAAGAGGAGGAGCUGGCCGAGGGCUGUUUGGCGGCCGUGGCAGAGGAAUGACCGGUCCUGGUCGGGGCCAACAACAGCAGCAACAGCAACAGCAGCAGCAGCAGGAUAAGAAAAUGGGCAAACCACAAGGAAUGAAGAACCAGCACUGAUGGACAACAUGACACCUUCAACAACACAAACUCAGAGCAAUUACUCCUUCAGUACACGAAGAUAAUAUGAACUCUCUGGUGUUUCCUUCUGCGGUGAUGUUUGUCAAGACUGACCAUGCAGCAAUCACACCGGGCGAAGUUCAGAGAAACUGUGCUUUUGCACUGAAUUUUGUUUUUUUUAGUAUUUGUAAGUCGCUUUUUUUUUUAUUACGACCAUUACUAUGACCAGUGUAUAAGACACAGCUGACAGACUCCUUUAGUAUCAAUGUAUAGUUUCAUUACAACUUUGCAAGAACAUUUUGUAUAAUAAGUCAUAUUGUAUUAUCCCAAAAUCCAUCAGUUGGUACACUGGACUGAGGUUUUUAGUUUAGUUUUUGUUUUUUUGCAGUUUACAUGGUAAAGAAAUUGCCCAGCCCCAACUUCAGUUGCAUGAAAAUAUUAUUUUUUAACUUGCUCUUUAUUUUUGUGUUGUUUGUUUGUUUGUUUGUUUGUUGUUCUGUCUGCUCUGCUGUACGGUCCGAUCACGGCAGUAGAUUGCGAGCCAGGGGACGAGAAUUCAGUCUCUGAAAACACUUUUGUUAAAUCAUUUGUAAGGUGACACAUUGUGAUCAUUAGGAUUUCCAAGAAAAAAAAAAGAUUCUCAUAUUCUUAAGUGUAAAAUGGGUAAGUCCAACGUGUGUCUUGUUGGUUGGGUUUCAUUUUAUUUUUGUAACAAAAGACGGUGUUGUAAUUUAUUUACAUGAGAACAUGAGAAUAAAACAAGUUUUGUUAA